CACAGUUUAACUCUAUUCGUCAGUGAGAACUGCUGAUGAAGAUGAAGGAGCUGCUGCUCUUCCUCUCCUAUGUGCUCUGGGGCUCUGCUGAUGCUCUACAUACAGACAUCCAUGUCGUUGGCUGUUCAUACAUUCAUGGAGGGGUCAUGUUUGGACUGAAUCGUGAAGAACUUUGGUACGCAGACUUUGAGAAACAGAUGGAUGUUUAUCCUCAGCCACCUUUUGUUCAACCCAUCAGCUUCGGAGAUGAAGCUUAUAAAAUCGCCGUGGCUAAUUUAUAUGGCUGCAGACAGUUCCUGCAGCUUAGUGAGACGGCUAUGAAGGACUUCCCUCCACAACGUGAUGCUCCUUCAGGUGUGACGAUCUACACCAGAAACGAGGUGGAGCUCAGAGCUAAAAACACUUUGGUCUGUCAUGUGACUGGUUUCUAUCCUGCUCCUGUCAAAGUCUCCUGGACCAAGAAUGGACAGAUUACGACUGGAGGAUCCAGCAUCAACAAUCCCUAUCCCAACAAAAAUGGAACCUUCACCCAGAUCGCCAGACUGCAGUUCAUCCCAAAGCAGGGAGACGUCUACAGCUGUACAGUGGAACAUCUGGGUCUGACCAAACCACUGAUCAAGAUCUAUAAUGUGGACACACCUGAGACGCCUGAGAAACAUAAGCCCAGCCUUGGACCUGCAGUGUUCUGUGGACUCGGUAUGAUUAUCGGCGUGCUCUGUGCUGCAGGUGGAACCUUCUUCAUCCUCAAAGCAAACAAAUGCAUCUGAUCGUCUGUGGUUGAUGAUGUCAACCACAGACAUCAUCAACCACAGUGCUUGUGUAGACAAUGUCGUUUAAGGAUGCUGCUCUGCUCUCUGAUCUUCAUUCAUGUGACCCUGGCUGUGUUUACAUGGAGCCUUAAGUUCACUUUAUUUUCACACUGUUAAACAGAUUCAGUUUAAAAUGCCAGUAACAUAAAAAUGACAAGUAAUAUUAACCAAUCAGAAAGCUAUCCAAAAAGGACUUCAUAGUCAGUCUGAAACAAUCCAUCUGCCUUUUUACGUUUUUUUAAACUCAGUUUUAUCUGUUGACUAUCUUUGCCUUCAGUUCCAUCUAUAUGAUUCAGACAGAUAUAAAUAAACCUGAAUUUGAA